GAAAUAUUAAAGUCUCCUAUCAUUAUAGUAUUGCUGUCAAUUUCUCUCUUGCUAUGUCCAUAUUUAUUCAGUUUAAUUAAUUAAUUUGUUUUGCAGUACUGGAGUUUGAGUACUCAACCAUUCGACCACUAAGAUAUAUCCCCAGCCCUUUAAUAUUUGUUUUAUGUAGUCAUAUGCUGUUAUGUUGGGUGCAAAUGUAUUUAUAAUUGUUAGGGUUUUUUUUUUUACCCUUUUGUCAUUAUACAUGACUUAUUUUUAGAGAUAGUUUUUGACUUAAAGUACAUUCUGUGUGCUGUAAGUAUAGUCCCUCAUGCUCUCUUGGUUACCCUUUUGCAUGGAAUAUCUCUUCACACCCCUUCACUUUCAGCCUAUGUAUGUCCUUAAAUCUAAAGUGAAUUUUCCCCCCAGUUACCAUGGUAUUUAUUUGAACUAAGAGGAAAAAGUCUUAAUGUCUUCAUGCAGUACAUACUUGGUUCAUUCAAUAACAAUUGUGACAAAUAGCAAAAAGAAUUAAGGGAAAUUAAUGAAAUUUUAGACAGUGUUAAGAAUAAACAUUAGAGUACAGUUGGAAGAAUGUUUUGGGGAGGGACAAACGUAUGUCAUUUUUACAAAAUAUAACUGAGCAAUGGUCCAUCUCUCCCGUGAUUAUAGGUACAUGCAGCCAGUGGUUUAUUUCUCUAUCAUUUAUCACUACUCAAAAGGUCCACAAAAUGGUGAAAUCAGUCCCAUUUUCUGCACCUCUAUUUUCUCAGAAGGAAAAAAAAUGGAGAUACAUGCGAGGGACCUCUCAUUUUUAUUCUAAUGUCCCUUGCUGGAUUUGAGAACCAUUGCUUCCCCUUGCUCAAUAGGAUGAGGUAAGACUGACAGUCCAUUUAAGAUAGACUUCAUGAGCAUUUAGAAAGUGUAGGUAAGCAAACCAAUUUUUAAAACAAUUCUGAAUAUCAGUUUCUAUAGGCAGCCCCAGGAUUUGAAUCAUUUCCUGAAAAAUUACUUCUGCUUUUGUCAAGUUUCCUGCUACCACUCUAGAGACUGGGCUGUCUCCUCACUGCCACAUGCCUCACACUUCUAUAACCCAGCUCUCACCACUGAAGGCCAAAGAUACCAGAUGGAGCCAAGUAGCAGUGCCAUUUAUUCCACUUUGGAGCUCCCCACUGCGGUCCAGGUGCAGGAUGACUACAGACCACAGCGAAGAGCAUCUUCUUCUAAGUCUUCUCUUUUCUGCCUUGUGGUGAUAGUGCUGGGGCUUUUGAACAUACUUCUUACAAGUUUGCUGCUGUACCUGUGGAUUCCGGGCCAAGGCCCCAGUGACUCGAAUCGUGCCAGCUGUCCUAGCUGCCCGGACUUCUGGAUGAGAUUUGCUAACCAUUGUUACUAUUUCUCAGUGGAGAAAAAGGACUGGAAUUCCAGUUUGCAAUUUUGCAUAGCCAGAGACGCACAGCUCCUUAUAAUUCUGGACAAUCAGGAAAUGAGCCUACUCCAAAAUUUAAUUGAUCAGGACUUUCACUGGAUUGGUUUGAGAAAAAAUUCUAGUUGGAGGUGGGAAGAUGGAUCGGCUCUAAACUUUUCAAGGGUUUAUUCUAACAGCUUGGUACAGAGGUGUGGUGCUGUCAACAAAGAUGGUCUCCAAGCCUCCAGCUGCGAAGUUCCUUUACGGUGGGUCUGUAAGAAGGUCAGACUUUGACGGAUGGCCACUCUGUCCUGCGCCUCAGACCUUCAUCUUUAAAAAGACCUUUAAAAUAUCUUUGCAGAGAAGGAACUGGCCUCUGUGAUGCUGGGCCAGCCAUGGAUACAUAUUUAGUGAAUGCCAAACCUACCAAGAUAGGGCACUGUAUGGAAGAUGUGCCCUAGGGACUGAUGCUUUGCUGAUGGGUUGUCUUUGAGAUUAGUUAGGCAUUAGGCUAACAGUUUACAGUGCAGGUUUAGUAAAUUUAUGAAGUACAUAAAAGACUGUUUUUAGGAGUUCACUCUAGCAACUCAGGCUGCCUGCCUUAUUGCUACCUCUAUCUUCCUUGUCAAACAUAUACUUUUCUUUUCUCAGCAGAUGAAUGAAUAAGGAAAAUGUGGUCUAGCUACACAGUGGGAAAGUACUCAGCUAUAAAAAUGAAUGAUAUCUUGUCAUUUGUAGGAACAUAGAUGAACUGGAGGACAUUAUGUUAAGAGAAAUGAUCCAGACCCAGAAAGACAAAUCCUUUGUGUUCUUACUCAUGUAUGAAAGCUAAAAAGUUGACCUCAUAUAUGUGGAGAAUAGAACAGUGGUUACCAGGGGCUAGGAAAGGAAGAGGGUAAUAAGAGGUUGGUUAACAGCUUUGAGGAGUAAUUUCUAAUAUCUUUAGCACAGUAGGGUGACUGUAGUUAACAAUAAUUUAUUGAUAAGUGGGAGGGGUAGGGGAAAGGACAA